AUGUCCGGGGCAGCCAAAAGAGCGGCCUCGCCCACCAGAGCCAUCUCUCCGCCCCCGCUCAAAAGAAAAGUCGAAUCAAGAGUCACAAGUAAGUCUUCUAAAAUAUCUACAGGACUGCAACAGCACCUGCUUACGGGGUCAGAGCGCACUGUCGCCUCCUUUUUCACACCUACGUCUCAGAAGAAGCCUGAGAAAAUCACAUGGAGGGUCGUUAACAAUAGCCUCGUCAUUGGAAAAUACACAACCGGUCCAGGGGAACAACCUGCACGAAGAGAGAAGGCCAAAGUGGCAGCCUUCGAUCUGCAUGUCUCUUUCACGGCGGCACUCCAGCUAACUGCAACUCACAGAUACCAAGUCGUGAUCAUGUCCAACCAGAAGAGGAUCAGCCUGCAGAAAGAUCUGAAGGGCGGCCGAGCCGAUUCGAAGAGCUUGACUAAUUUCAAGGAAAGGGUGACAGGCGUGAUGCGCCAGAUAGACAUCCCCAUCAGCGUCUAUGCCGCCACAGCAGACGACGAGAAUAGAAAACCGCGAACGGGAAUGUGGAAGGAGUUUGUGGAAGACUACGACCUCGAUGUCUUCGGCAUCGAUCUGUGUGCAUCAUUCUACGUUGGUGAUGCGGCCGGUCGCCCCCGGGAUCACUCCAUGGUAGACCGAGGCUUCGCCAUGAACGUCGGCAUCCCAUUCAAGACACCCGAAGAGUUCUUCCUGAAUGAGGUGGCCCAAGAUGUCCAGGAGCCAUUCAAUCCUUCUUCGUACAUCAAGUCUGAACCCGCGGACAACGUGCCUGCCCCUUUCAUCCGCCAAAGCCCCCGAGAACUAGUUAUCUUCUGCGGCAGCCCAGGAGCGGGCAAAUCGACAUUUUACUGGAAUCACCUCCAGCCGCUGGGUUACGAGCGCGUCAACCAGGACAAUCUCAAGACGGUACGAUUGGUGUACACUCUCGGUGAACAUGAAAACGGUACACUGAAACUGGACACCAACAGAGACAAAAAUGCAUCAAAGUCGCCAAGGAGUUUCUCACCGCCGGUGCCUCCGUCGUCGUCGGUAGGUUGCAUCCGUUUUCAGGGCUCAGCAAGCACCCAGACACACGCAGCUGACGCCAUGACAGACAACACAAACGCCGACCCCAACACCCGCGCCGAAUGGGUACGCGUCGCAAAGGAAUCCAACGUCCCCAUCCGAUGUGUCUACUUCACCAGUUCGCCGGAACUAUGCAAGCACAACAACGCCGUCCGCGCCGCGAAUCGAUCUUUGAACCCCGAAUCCCGCGCACGACUUCCAGGCAUCGCAUUCGGCGAUUUUCUGAAGCGCUUCAAAGAGCCCACCAUGGAGGAAGGGUUCAGUGAUAUCGUCCGUGUGGAUUUUCGGUUUCAGGGCGACGACGAGGCAAAACGGAUAUGGACGCAGUACUGGGUCUGA